CCAUCGCAGCGUUUUGAGCUUGGGAGAUAAAGGUUAAUCUCCACGAUGGCUCCAAUCUACUUGAUAUUCUUACUCUGCGCGCUUGUAAGCGGUUACAGACGUGAUUCGAGCGUAGGCCGCCAAGCAUCGAACUCAGCAGGAUUGAAUGGCUUGGGAGGUUCAGCUUCAAGUGGUUUAGGAGAAACAGGAAGUGGACUGCUUGGAUCAGGCAGCUAUGGUAGUGCCAGUGGAUUUGGUUCAAGCGGCGCAGAUGCAUCACGCGGCUUGGGUGGUUUUAGUAGUGGUUCGAGUGAAUCGGGUGGAUAUGGUAGUCAGAGUGAACAAUAUCAGGGAAAUGCAGGACGCGGACCUGGUAGCUCGAGUGGUUCGAGUGGUUUGGGUGCCGGAGGGUAUGGGUCAAAUGCAGCAGGUGCAGGAGGUUAUGGCUCGGGUGCAGGAGGUUACAGCUCGAGUGCAGGUGGUUACGGAUCGGGCGCAGGAGGUGCAGGAGGUUAUGCAUCGGGAGCUGGAGGUGCUGGAGCGUACCAUAGUGGUGCUACUGGUGCAGGAGGCUAUAGUGAGAGCUCGGGGUAUGGUGGGGCCAGUGGCUCAAAUGGUCAAGGAUCUGAAGGAUACAGAGGAGGGUCUGGCUUAGGAGGCUCUGGUGGGAGUGCUGGUGGCUACAGCAUGGAUGCUGGGGGCGCCGAAAGUUACGGAUCGGGUACAGGAGGCUAUGGCUCGGGUGCAGGAGGCGCAGGAGGUUAUGGCUCGGGUGCAGGAGGUGCAGGAGGUUAUGGCUCGGGUGCAGGAGGCGCAGGAAGUUAUGGCUCAGGUGCAGGAGGUUAUGGCUCGGGUACAGGAGGUGCAAGAGGUCAUGGCUCGGGUGCAGGAGGCGGAGGAGGUUAUGGCUCGGGUGCAGGAGGUGCAGGAGGUUAUGGCUCGGGUGCACAAGGCGCAGGAAGUUAUGGCUCGAGUGCAGGAGGCGCGGGAGGUUAUAGUUCUGGUGCGGGUGAUAGUCAAGGAGCUGCUGCUGGUUAUAGGGGCUCAAAGGGAUCUUCACGCUCAGUUGCUAGUUCAAAGAAUUUAAAUUUACUAGGACUUCGAGCAGAUCACAACGGGCUUACUGAACAAGACGUUAAGGCAUUAUCUGAUGCAAGACGUAGAUAUGGUUUGCAAUAUGUACCACAAUAUCCUCAGAGAUUACCACAUCCAUACCCUCAAACACUACCUCACAGAUUACCUUACGGGCUACAAUCUGGGUAUUCGCAAGUACCUUUGUUCAACAAUCAUCCAUUUUCUAGGAGUAUGAGCGGUGCUAGUACAAGUGAAGGUCAAAGCAAGUCCAGAAACGUAGGGACAAAGGGUGCUAGUGGUGGUUCGGCAGGUGUAGGAGGUUAUACUAGUGAACAAGGCGGAUCCAGUGGGUUAGGAGGCGGUAGUUAUAGUGCAUCAGGCGCUGGUAUUUCCAAUGGUUUAGGAGACGCUAGUGGUUAUAGUGGCAGUUUAGGACAUGGUGGGUCCAGUGCGCUAAACGGGCAAGGUUAUAGGGAAGGCUCUAGUGGUUACGGAGCUGCAGGAGGCUAUGGAUCAGGCUCAGGUAGUGCAGGAGGCUAUGGAUCAGGUUCAGGUAGUGCAGGAGGUUAUGGAUCAGGCUCAAGUAGUGCAGGAGGCUAUGGAUCAGGUUCAGGUAGUGCAGGAGGCUAUGGAUCAGGUUCAGGUAAUGCCGGAGGCUAUGGUUCGGGUGCAGGAGGUGCAGGAGGCUAUGGAUCAGGUUCAGGAGGUGCGGGCGGCUACGGAUCAGGUUCAGGUAAUGCUGGAGGUUAUGGGUCAGGUGCAAGUAAUGCAGGAGGCUAUGGAUCGGGUGCAGGACGUUAUGGCAGUGGAUCUAGUAGUGCCAGUGGCUCAGGAGAUGCUAGUGGUUAUAGUGGAAGUUCAGGGCAUGGUGGAGCUGAUGGAUUAAGUGGGCACGGAUCAGAAAAUUAUAGAGAAGGCUCCACCAACUUAGGUAGUGCAGGUGGCUAUGGAUCGGGUGUAGCUAGUGCAGGAGGUUAUGGAUCGGGUGCAGGUAGUACGGGAGGAUAUGGAUCAAGUGCAGGCAAUGCGGGAGGUUAUGGAUCGGGUGCAGGUAGUGCGGGAGGUUAUGGAUCGGGUGCAGGUAGUGCGGGAGGUUAUGGAUCGGGUGCAGGUAGUGCGGGAGGUUAUGGAUCGGGUGCAGGUAGUGCGGGAGGUUAUGGAGCGGGUGCCGGAAGUGCAGGAGGCUAUGGAUCGGGUGCAGGAGGUGUUUCUGGUGGUUCAGCUAGUUUAGGAGGUGCUAGUGGUUAUAGUGGUUAUAGUGGUUCAGGGCUCGGUGGGGCUGGUUCAGAAGGCUAUAGGGGAGGCCCUAGCAGUCAAGGGGGUGCAGGAGGUUAUGGAGGAGCUAGCGGUAUGAGUGGCUAUGGAAGCGGAGCGAGUGGAAAUGAUGGAGCAGCUGGUUAUAAUAGCGGUUUAGGUGGAUCUGGUUCGAGCGGUUAUGUUAGUGGAUCUAGUAAUUCAGAAAGUGACUUGUAUCAUAAAUCCGACGCAUCUUUGGCACGCUUGCACCACGUUAGCUCUCGAUUGUGAGUAUUAGUCUCUUAUUCUAUUAGGCCAAUUUAUUUUCGUCAGUGUAUUGGAGAGGGCGUAUUGACAUUUUACAGAGGGCAUUAAUCAUAGAGCAUUUAAUGUUUGCGAUUGAUGUAAACACGUUUUGGCUAGUUUAUACCUCUAUGGUCCAUACUUGCUUAAUUACCUUAAAAAGUUUAAUUGUACAUUGGCCCUUUCUAGUAUGCACAGAUGAACGCAGUAACGACAUUUCUUCACUUAUUUUAUUUAAUAUUGGCCUAUAUAUAUUCGAUAUGUAAAUUAAAAAGUUUAUAAAAGGAUACUACAAU